UGGUGCAAACUUAAGUCAUCGACUGCAAUGUCACACAGGCACCGAUUGCGGCUUCGCAUUCUAAGGAAAGUGGACAGGAUAAGUGAUUUGCCUAACUCACUUCUGGAACAUAUUCUCUCCUUCCUUCCGACUAAAGACACCAUAGCCACCAGCAUCCUUUCAAAACGUUGGAAACCAAUCUGGGUCUCACAACUCGUCUUUUACUUGGAUGGCACAUCCUUACAAGACACUUUCGCAUUUCGCCGAUUCUUCAAUUCCUUCAUCACCACGCGGGAUAACAUAACACCCUACCCAUCCUCUCAUUCCACCUUAAAUCUCGCCACCACUGACACUACAACCACGAUUUUGUUUAUGCUGCAUUUACCAGAGUGGUCGAAACCCUAAUCAUCGGGUAACAUUGAACUACAAUCCAUAUGUUGAUCUUCCCUCGCUCAAAGUCCUUCACUUGGAAUCUAUCACUUUCACACGUGUUGCUUAUCUCCAUAAAAUUCUAUCCGGCACUCCCAUUCUACAUGAGUUGGAAAGUGCUGAUUUAAGAGUAGAGAUCCCUACUAUGAUGCCUCCUUUAGGUAUUGCAAUAUCCAAUUUGAUCAGAGUUAUGCAUGUGGUGAACAGGAUGCCACCUACUAUACGCGGUGUGUUUCACAAUUUAACCCACCUGGAGCUUAUAUUCAACUUUCACAGUGAUGCAUCCGCUGUUUUCAAGUGGAGGUGGCUCAGAAAAAUGCUUCAAAAUACCCCCAAUCUUCAAACUCUUAUCAUUCAUGAACUCUAUAAGCUUGAUGAAGAAUUACAACGUUUCCAUUUUAUCUCAUCUUACAACAGCUCAUUUACAAAUUACAGCCUCAUCCAUUCUGAACUUCGAUUUGCAAAAGAUAUAAUGCAGAAUUCAAGACUACUAAACACCAUCACAAUUCAAAGUGCCGAAUUCCUAGACACAAAUACAAAGCUUCAAAUGUUAAUAGAAUUAUCUUCCUGCCCUAGGAUUUCACCCACAUCUAUACUUUUAUUUAUUUGAAUGAUACUUGAUAGAGCAUGCCUUCAAUAGCAACCCUAAGCUUGUCACAAAUGGAGUGAUAACUCCAAUAAAUAUGAUAUUCUACUUUAUAAAUUCUUUCUCAAUCUUCUUGGGAUGGUUGGUUUGCUUUUGUACAAUAAAUGUAUUGUCUAUGAGGUUAUAGCUAGAGAGCGUAGGUAAGUAGAAAGAUGUAUUUAUGCUCUAGAAUAACAAUUAUACUCAGCAAGACAAUUGGUUGUCAUAGAA